GGCCACGGCAAGAUACAAAGUAAAGUCCCUCCUAACGCCUUAGCACAUGAUCCCAUGAUGGCUGACCAAAAUUCCGCAGAAACCACAAUCAUGGCUGCACUUUCCACACUAACCCCUCCCCAACUCUCAGAUCUAACCCACUCCGUCUCCUCCCUCUUCCACCUCUGCUACCGCCGCCUCUACUCCAUCCUCUCAAUCCCCACACUCUUUAACCUCACUCUCCACCACCUCCAAUCCCUUCCCCUCCAGCACAAAUCCCUUCUCAUUGCCCGCCACCUCCUGUCCAACCUCACCAUCCUAACUCGCUUCAUGCAAAACAGCUCUACUGGUAAUUCUUUCCCUGUCCCAGCAAAUUUUUCCAGCUCCAUGAAGCUCCGUGACCUCGACGCAGUCGUCCUCCUCCUGCUUCUUUGCGAAAUCCGUCAGCUCUACCCGGAAGUGCUUGAAACUCCCUCGUCACGUUGGCGCUCUAUUCUUUGUGACUACAUCUCCCGUGACAUGUUGAAACCCUCGGGAAUUGAAGUUUCCAGUGCUCAAGUCUUAAUCAAGUACGUGGAGAUGGUGACCGAGUGUAAGCGGUUUGUCAGCGUAAUGGCCAGCAACGACAGUGUGAGUGUGGGUGGAAAAGGUGGGAUCGAGGCAGCGACCGCGGUGGCCGUAGUUGUGGCCCUGCCUUCGGUGGAGGUGAGUGGGAAUAGCUUGGAAUGCGUGAUAUGUAAGGAAAACAUGAAACAAGGAAGAGAUGUUUGCAAGUUGCCGUGUGAUCAUUUGUUUCACUGGAUGUGUAUAUUGCCUUGGUUGAAGGAGAAGAACACUUGUCCUUGUUGCCGGUAUAGGCUGCCGACCGACGAUGUUUUUGGCGAGAUUGAGCGGUUGUGGGAGGUCAUGGCCAGCAUGGGCGGCGAGGGCAAGCUUUAGCCUUUAACUGCGUAAUGACUGCUGAUGCAGAACGUUUUUCUCCUCACUCGGAGGGGAGGAUCCCAUGCUGUACUCCAGCUUAGAGAGUACUGGGUACCAACUAUCAACUUUAUACGAACUUUCCAACAUGUUAGCUUUUUAAGGUUAUCUUCUUCUGGUAAUUAAUUGGCAUUGUAAGCAGUAAUAAUAAUAUGUUCAAGUUGGAUAACAUGGUUGUGGUAGAUCCUUCUAGCUAAGAAAUUUUCUGCUCUUGAUA